AUGACUCAUUUUCAGUCCGUUCGUGUUCGAGUUUCUGGCACGAGCUAUUCCGUCCGAGCUUUGAUGACCUUUUCUACGGUUUCCCGUUCGAGGUUAUCCGUUGAGGUCGAUGUUGAGGGCUGGUCCGUGGCUCUGUCCGUCUCUGUUUGUUCAGAGCAGUUAAUACUUCGCGGGUUAUUCGGUUCAGCUCAGAAAGUGAUUCAGAGAAUCAUCAAGCAAUCCUCAUCAGUCUCUGAAGCUAUCUCAGCCGUUGAAUUCUCCAUUUCUCGCGGUAUCGAGCCUGAUGCAACUAGCUACAGUUUUCUCAUUCGACAACUCGUGGCAUCUGGUGAAACCCAAAUGGCUGAGGAUAUUUAUGUAUAUUGCAUUUUGAAGAGAGGUAUUGAACCGAAAGACCAGUCUUUAUUGAAUUCAAUGGCCAUUUGUUAUUGUAAUUUGGGUAAAUUAGAGGAAGCAAAAUUGCUUUUUGAUAAACUAUUGGAUAUGAAAUUGAGGCCUUGUAGUAGCACGUGUACUGCGCUUAUUAAGGGAUUUUGUGGCCAACAUAUCAUCUUGGAUGGGUUUGAUGUUUUUGUAGUGGCUGUUGAUGCUGGAGUAUCACUAAGUUUCAGUUGUUACAAUAGGUUAGUGGAUGGCUUGUGCCAUCGGGGGUUCUUAGAUGAGGCACUUUAUGUGUUUGAUAUAAUGUGUGAGAGAGGUGUGACACCCAAUGUUCAUUUGUUUAAGACAUUGGUUCUUUCGUUGUGUAAGAGGGGUCGAGUCGAGGAAGCUGAGUUGUUGAGCAUGGAUAUGGAGUCUUAUGGUUUUGUUCUGGAUAAAGUCAUGUACACAACUCUUAUUAACGGGUAUUCGAAGAACAAGAAAAUGAAAAUGGCUAUGAGGAUGUUUAUUAGAAUGCUUAAGUUGGGAUGUGCACCGGAUAAGUAUACUUACAACACGCUGAUGCACGGGUUUUUUAACUUGGGCAUGUUGGACAAGGGUUGGGUGCUUCAUCAGCAGAUGGCUGAAUUUGGAUUAGAACCUGAUGCAGUAAGUUACCAAAUCAUGAUUGGCAAGUAUUGCAAGGAUCAUAAAGUUGAUUGUGCGUUGAUGCUGUUAAAUAACAUGAUUCAGUGCAACGUUGCUCCCAGUGUGCACUCUUAUACUGCUUUAAUUGCUGCGCUUUGUAAAGAGAAUCGGUUAGCAGAAGUAGAUGUCUUGUACAAUAAGAUGUUGGAUAAUGGAUUGGUUCCUGACCAUGUUUUGUUUUUUACCUUGGUCAACAAUCUUCCAAGAGGAUAUCAUGUCUGA